CAUGUACUUGAGUGUUACAACAGAUUGUGCAGCCUGACACACGUGUUUAUUCGGCGCUGUAUAAACCGCAAACGAGAAAAGGGUCGAUCAGAGUUAACAUAGCACUCAAGCGAACAGUUACACACUGACGCUGCGUUAUUUGGAUUUUACUGAAAAACUCGAUGUCAGCUUAGAAGCCAGCUACAGUUAACCAACAGUCAUCAAAUAUUGCCCUAACCUAGCUGGGCAAAUGGCAGACCAGGAGAAUAUCCCCCGACAUAACAAGAAUGCAGAUAACAUCAAGAUGCAGUCUUUGGCCAAACAGGCGGAAGACAUGGAGAUAAAUGAAAAAGACGAUAAGGAUGUGGACGAAGACAAAGACAAAGAUGUUGUUGAUGAUGACAAGGAUGUUGUUGAUGAUGACAAGGAUGUUGAUGAAAACGUCACGAGCCGCUUUAGCAUUAUAAAAAAGGACGAAGCGGACAAGGAAGUUACAGAGCUUGAUGAUUAUGAUGAGAACCGCAUCUCUAGCAUGAAGAAAGCUGGGGAUGUAGACACAGACCAACCCCGCAAAAAUUACGGCAUGUGUGUUAUGUGGAACACAGAGGUCAAUUUGGGUGACCCUGUGAUACUUGGUAGGGGCUAUAGGUCGGAUGACACGCCUGAGGAGGUAUUGGAUUUCUACAAUACUCUGCAGUACAUACUGUACGAGACCGGUUUUCCUGAAACUGAGGACCGAACUGCGAUGCCGCGACGCGCCAUCAACAAAGAGAAUGCUGUCGUGGCAGUGCUUUCGGCACCUGGCGAGAUUAUGGCACCACUACUUGAAUGCGGGAAACAAGUAUCGGACAGCAUGCAUCUGAUCUUCAAAGAAACCUGGAUCUCAAAGAAACCGUCCAAGGAAAAGCCGGGUCUAUACGAGCUCUUUAUUCUAAAGGCAAUCACGUUCCACAAGGGGGGCGUGACCUACAUCGACGAGUUUAACCCUCCACGGAAAUGCACCUACCUCAUCAACUUCUUCACCAGUGCAGCCACUUCUGGCCUAACGGACUGGGGUACCGAAAUGGAGAAAAACCUGGAUAUCCCAAUGAGCAGCUCACUUCCCUUGUGUGACCUUGUGGAUGACAAACUGUGGACGCGAUACCAGAUGUCACGCUGUGGUGUCCCCCACCCAGAGACCCUGGCUUUCACUGUCGCUCCAAAGAGAUUUGUUCCAAGCAUCGAUACCAUCAGAGUGUGCGAAGUGGGUCGAUGUGUAAAAAACAGAAAUCCCCAGGCAGAAAACAGCAUGCAAAAGGAUAACAGGGAGGAAGACACCAACGUGCCAAACACAUUGAAUGCCCCAGUCGAAAGUCACCCAGUUGACCUGACGACAAAUUGCGUGUUUACGGCUAAGCAGAUUGUGGACGGUGGUGGGGUGUGUACUCAUGCAGUACCCAUGGAGGAGGAGAUCAGGAACUUCCUGAAAAAGCCUUCCAUUCUAAAUAGAAAGAUUGUUGUCAAACCGUCUGGCCCAGAUUACCACGCCAGUUUUGGUGUUACAUUCCAUGCCCCUGGUAAUGUUGAUUCGGUCAUGGAUGCCGUAAACGACCUCCUAGACACAAUUUAUGACGGCGAUUCAAUUCUUGUGGAAACCUUUGUUGAACCUUUCAAACCCAGGCCAGUUACAGGUAUCGCCCACAAUAUCCAGCUAAUAAAGGGUGACCAAGGAAUGAGUUUUAGAGUCCGCUCCACUGGUUGCAAAGAUUUUGACGGCAAACCUGUUUGCACUAUUAUUACGUGCGGCGUUGCCUCAAAAGAUGCGCCAGUCAAUGGAAACAACACAGUCCUGCAGACUCUUGACGCCACACUGCUGGCGUUUGGAAUCACUGACCCGACCGUGCGUCGUAACAUCGAGCGCGAUGUGCGCAAGAAGACAGAGGACGUGCUACAAGCUAUAAUGGAUGAAGAGAAGAAGAUGACUGCGCAGCAACGGGGCGGAAUAGGAGGCUACACUGAUAUCAUAGGCAUUGAUUUCUUUCUUACGGAGAUGAACGGCCAGAUCUUUCCAGUUGCAAUUGAGGUUAACAGUCACGACUGCACAAUCAACUGUCAUAUGUACGAGUGCUUGGCUGACAUGAUGCACCGAUGUACAGUUCUCAACAGUCAGAUCAUGAACCCUGUGUACCAGCUGUCGGAGCACAGAUAUGGGGAAUACUACACCAGGGAGAAUAAUCGAGUGUGUAGUGACAACUCGAAUGGGUAUGAGAGACGAGACCUUGACAUGCCAAAAUUCGACGAAAUCUUUGGUCGGAGUGUAAGGCCAUAUGUGCGAACCAUGCUCACGCGUUCCCAGGACUACGUGCUGCAAGAUAAGAUGAUCCUUGUGAUUGGGGCAGGAGGCUAUAGCAAGAAGUUUAUCUGGCCUGCUGCUUUGGAGAUGGGAGUGAAGAUAGUCCUGGUGGAAUCUAACCCAGAGCACUUUGCCCGUAGCCUUGUUCACCGUUUCAUCUGUAUUGACAUCGAGGACCACAAACAGGACCGCGCCCUUGCAAGCCUUAUUGUUGAGAUCUUAAGGGACGAGAACAUCAGCGUCGAGGGUUGUCUGACCUUCUGGGAGGAUUGUGGACCCUUGGCGGCGCUCGUGUCUGAACUGCUGCAGACUAAAGGCAACACAUACAAGGCAGCUUACAUUGCAAAAAUGAAGAGCCGAACACAGGCCCACUUGCGGGGACGUGACGGGGUCAUUCCGCACUGGCCAUACACGUACAUGUUUGCCUGCAAGUCAGCCCGUAUUACCUGUGAGGCGGACAUUCCAAAGGCUAUCCAAUGUGUGAAUUUUCCGGCCAUUCUCAAGCUGGAGUAUGCCUCCAGUGCGGUCGGAGUUAAUAUGGUGAAAUGCGAAGAGGACGUAUUCAACCAGUACGCCUACCUGAUCAACACGCUGCGAACCAACGAUGACUACCAUGGUAUCGGCCUUGGUUUCAACAACACUAUGAUCCUCAUGGAGUAUCUUCAGGGUUCGGAACAUGACGUCGACGUCGUUAUCUUCGAGAGGAAACUUGUCGCAGCCUUUGUCACAGACAAUGGGCUCACCAACUGGCCGUCUUAUACAGAGACUUCAGCCUUGAUGCCUUCCGCGUUGACUGUUGACAAACAGGCCCAGUUGAUAUCUGCCGCAUUUCAGUUGCUUACAGAGAUAGGUCUGUCAAACGGAGUCUUCAACGUGGAGAUGAAAUUGACGCAAAUGGGACCGAAGCUGAUAGAGAUAAAUGCGCGCAUGGGCGGCUUUUACAUCCGCGACUGGGUCAAGAGGCUUUACGGCAUUGAUAUGAUGAAGUGUGCGCUGAUGUGUUCGUGCGGCAUUCGUCCGUACGUACCGCUUAUCCCACCAACGGAAUUCAUAAUGGGCAUUAUGCUGAUCCCUUCGGAGCACAAGCAUGUGAUGCUUGACAACGUGACCCGGAUGGUCCUAGACGAUAUGCAGUCUCGAGGCGAAGUCAUCCUCACCAUGCUUGAGAGCGAAGAAGAGUUAAAGCACCCCUAUGAUAAAACAGAAUACGAGGAGCCUUACGCAAAUGUCGCUGUCCGGGCCCCCACUGUUGAGGAGGCUCGACGGAAAUUGCUCGCCGUCUGCAAGAAACUUGGCAUUGAGACCAGUGACUAUAAGGUCUCAGAGUUCAUCAAGUACUUCUAGACAAACGUCUAUGGAGUUAGAAGACAUGCUGUCUUCUGUGUACUGAUUUCUGCUUGUCUUAUUUUUAAAAAUUGUCUAUGAUUUUUUUCUUUCUUAUUAAAAUUGUCCAUACUUUGUCCUAAUUUUAAGCUCACCUGAGCACACAAUGCCCAAGGUUAACUUUUGUGAUCACUGUAUAUACAGCAUAGUGCUGAAUCUAGUAUGCGUCAUAAACUUCCUGCAUCGUUACCACUCCAGAGGCAACUUUUCUCAUCCAAUCUUAAUGAACCGUGGUCCUAAUUUUAAUCAGGAUAAUAUCUAGGCCGAGUUUGAAUGUGGGUCACUUUCAUCCAGAAAAUAGGUCAUGACGUAAAAUCUUAGUAUAAAAAAUAUUGAUAGCACUGUGUAGGCCAUUUGUAUGGCUAAGUCUUGAUACUUGGUCAUGACAUUCUCUGGGAUGGAUUUAACUGUAGGUCACAUGUGUCCACCAGUCAACUAGUCAAAAUUUAGAAACAUGAUACCACUGAAGAGGCCACUAUUAUGACUAUAAAACUUGGUCAGAAUGUUAAUCUUGAUAAUAUUUAAGCUGAGUUCUUAUCGAGGUCAGUCAAGUUCAAAACCUAGGUCACAAGGUCGAAUCUUAGGUAAAAACGUGUUACCACGCUUUAUGUAGCAUGUGGGAAAAAUCUUAUUAUGCUCCCCGUAAAUUUUCGGGGAGCAUAUAGUUGCCAGUUUGAAGUUCCUUCCUUAUUUCCGUACUUCCUUCCUUCCGUCGCACUUUUGUAACCGUUUCUCAUAGCACCUUCAAUACUUUACCGAUCUCUUUCAUAUUUGGCAUGUAGGUACCUUGCAUUGACCUCUACUUUUUGAUGAGGUUUGAGGUCACUAGGUCAAGUUCACCGAGGAUAAUAAUAAUAUACUUUUUCCAUCACACUUUUGUUACGGUUUCUCAUAGCAC